AGCGACAAUUUCCCAUCGAGUAGUAAAAGUCUAAGCAUAUCAUCGGCUGCUGGUAGUGGUGCCUAUCUGGACAAAUUGGACAAUUUGGAACGUAGCUUGGCUGCAGUACUUAUAAAAGUUGCCUACGGUACAACCUCGACCACCAAACGUAGUAUUCCCGAUAACAGUUAUGCCUCAAGUCUAACCACCAUAGCAACGCCCCUGCUUACCACACAAAGAUAUCACGAAAAGUCUCGCCAGCCCCAGCUGAAUGUACAUCAUCGUAAUUAUGAACUCGAUUUGGAAAGAGAUCAUGCCUUGCCAACAACAGCCCCAAAUGCCGACAUUUUAAAGAGUAACAGUAAUCCAACAUAUCCCAACCCCAAUCGUCAUCACAACAAUGAUCGUGAUCGCCAUCGGCACUUGAUUAAUUCAACACCACUGCCAUCAUUGCCAGAAGUAUUAAAGAAAACGAAUGGUCACACACCCACCAUACCAAUGUUCUCGGGUGCCGAUAUACCCUCAUAUUCACCGCCGGCUAGAUCGUUCUUUACGCCACCACUGCCACCAGAAUAUCAACAUCCGUUUGCCGAUAAACCAACCCUAAGGGGAACCAACAAUGAAGGGGGUAUUGUACCCAAUACCGGUAGCUAUAUAAAUCGCCGUCCCAUACCGCCACCAAGUCUUAUGCCUGGCCAUGAACGUAUUCCCUUUAGACCACCUGAUUUGGCAGGUGGUGCAACAAGUGGUAAUACCAACAAUGCCAAUAUGUCCCCUGCGGCCCAAUCGCCGCCCUCAAUUGGUGGCAGUAGUCUAUCAUCCUCGGUCAAUCCCCAUUCUCCAUCAAAUGCCCACUUGGAUACCACCGAUCCACGAUCAAAAUCCACAAAUAAUGCCACAAAAAGUAUUAAUGUUGAAUCUCCACCACCCGAUGUUAAAUCCGAAAAUGGCAACUCAGAUGCUGCGUCGCAGGGUUCCUCGUCUGGUAGCAUGUUUUUGGACCCUUCAGAUAGCUUCCGCAAUAAUUACAAUUCCAAAGUACGGAAAGAGGUCCUACCCAGUAUACAGCGCAUACUAAGCGGUUCGAAUGGUCGCAAGGGGGACAUACCAGAAGUAUUAUUGAAACAGGUUACCACUAGACCAAACUAUCACCAACCGCCUUCAUCUCCGGUGGUUAUUAACACCUAUUUGAAUCAAAAUGGUGCAGCCGAUACCAGUGUGGUGGAUGCCAGCAUUGAUAGUAAGCAAAAUAUCAAUAAAAUCAAAAAUAUGAAUGGUGUGGAAGGUGUUGAUGUUGGUGUUGAUGGUUCUGUUGCUGCAGAUACACCACAACAAACGGAGAUCACAACCAAAUCGGUGACUGGUGCAAUGUUUGGUGUACCGGCAAAUGGUUCAACGUCAACGCCAUCGGCUGCAGCCAUUGGCGGCAUGAAAACCAACACCGUUAUAGUACCCACUUCUCGUACUGUAUUUGCUUCGAAUAAUGCACCCUCGUCGACCAACAAAGGUGAUGAUGCGUCCUCGACAUCAUCGUCUACAUUGGCGGCAGCUUCGGGCCUGGCCACCUCAUCUCUUGCCUGGAAUAUUCACGUUUAUUUAUCGGUCAUACUAUUCACCAUACUGGCUGUUUACUCACUGUACAAAAUGGUUACCUACAAUAAGCUUACACACCUCUUCUCGCAAUCCUACUUCCUUUGCAUUCACAUUAUCCUGAUUACGAUCUGCUCGAUACGGACUUUCUACCUUUGCUAUGACGCUUACAAUAUUCAUUCCAGUUUUCAUAUUUUUGUUUCGGAAAUUUUACUAAACCUACCAGCCACAUUCCUGACUAUAUCCUUUGCCGUGUUGAUACUAUUUUUGUCCUUGAAAUCGUUGAAUCACAAGAAUCGUUACUCGGCUCUGAUUCGGCCGCUGACCGUUGUUGUGGGCUGUGGGGUUCAUGUAAUGCUGUGCAUCACAUUACACUAUGUGGAGUCGUAUACACUGCAAAAUCACCAGCAACAGCAGAAGUUGUUGAUGAAACGGCAUCAGCAGCAGCAAUUGCAGUCCUAUGUACACCACAAUUUUGCCCAACAGCAACAGCAGCAACAACAAUAUUCGUAUUUAGAAAGCAUGGCCUUUAACUCCCCGCUAUCGGCAGCAUCGGCUGCGGGUCAAACGGUUGGCGGCUAUCAACAUUUGGCUGCUGGGGUUGCUCCACUGCCACCGAAUCCUCCGCGUGUUCUGUCACUGAUUUGCCAAAUCAUUUACAUUUUUGUUUGUUUCAGUUUGGGUCUGUUGUAUUUGUAUCUGUAUAGGAUUUUGAAGCGUGUCUUAAGAAACAAGUCGCAAAACUACAUACAUGGCUAUCAGAAUUUGUCUUAUGCCAUACAUAUUACCAUUGCCACAGCCUUGCUGUUUGUCUUGCUGGCUGCAUUGCAAAUUUUCGGUGCUAUAAGUAUUUCGUCGACACGGCCAAUGAUUGCCCAGGCUACGGCCGAAAUAGAUUGGUUUCAAUGGGGCUAUCAGUUUUCGUUGCGACUUAUUGAAAUUGCCAUUAUCACCCUGAUCUCGUGGGUCACGGGCUUGAAAACGAACACCGGCUCGAAUACCGUCAACAUUAAUCUGACAAAUAAUGAGGCCCGCAUUGUGGGGGGACAUAUCGAUACGAAUACUAUGUAUAAUACAAAUGCCAGUAUGAAUCCCAGACGACUCAAACAGAAUGUCCACUAUAGCCAAUACAGCCAUCCCAAUGUGACCAAUUUCUUCUUGCCUUAUACCUCAAGUUCUAGUCAAGAACAAUUUGACAUGGAUUAUCCGGCACGUAUAUAACUCGAACAGAAAAUAACGAAUCAAUGGUAUUGAAUGAAUUAAAAAAA